CUGCAAGCUUACUGGUGGUGCUGGAUGAUGCUCUAAUUGUGUAGACAAAAACAGGUGUGUGUCUGAAUUGUACACUAGGGGAUAUGGGCAAAUGCUGCAAAUGCAACAGCAGACUGCUGUGCAUGUGCCUGCUACCUUGCAUGAUGACCGGCCACCUUCUUGUUUAUAUUAUGGUGACUAUAUUUGUCACCAUCUCCUACACUCCACCAAAAAUAACCGUUCACUACAUUGCCCCGGGGGUUUCCAUAAACUCCUCUGAACUGGCCUCUCACCCACUUGGCCCUUUCUGGAACCUUCGUCUGGAAGACAGUGCACUGUGGAACCAGUUGCAGCAUGCAUGGGACCGGCAGCAUAAUCCAAUCUUGCGAGGAAACACAAAUGGGAUAAUGACAAAUCCAAAGACUAAACUCUUGUCAGAAAUUGAAGAUGAAUGUAUUUCUGACUGCAUGUCACAAUGUUCAAUCCCUCGUAUUCAAGGUUUAGACAGCUUUCCAGCGCAAGUGAGAGCAUUUAUCAGGUCAAUGCACUGUAGGGAGUAUCCCCUCCUGAUCAACCAGCCUGGUGUGUGUCAGGGGAACAGUAGUAGCUCACCUAUGCUCCUCAUGGCCAUCAAAUCCCAAGUGGGGAACUUUGAAAAUAGGCAGGCUAUCCGUGAAACAUGGGGACGCAGUGGUCUGGUGAAAGGGGAAUCGAAUAAGAAAGGUGGAUUAGUACGCACUGUGUUUCUGCUUGGAAGGCAGGACUCCAGUACAGGUCCACAUCCGGACCUUAAAAACCUCCUGGAGCUUGAGAACCAAAAAUAUGAGGAUAUCCUACAGUGGGAUUUCAGAGACACUUUCUUUAACUUGACUUUAAAGGACCUGCUGUUCUGGCAUUGGCUCCAGCAAUACUGCCCUACUGCCGUCUUUGUGUUUAAAGGGGAUGAUGAUGUCUUUGUUCGAACAGGUGCUCUUCUGGAUUACUUGCACAAGCAGUGGGAUGAGCAUAUCCUGUGGAGAGCCUACACUAAUGAAACAGACAUGAAUUUGUUUGUGGGUGAUGUUAUAAAUAAUGCAAUGCCAAAUCGUGAGCCAUCCACUAAAUACUAUAUACCAGGAAGUUUCUACAAAGGUGUUUACCCGCCUUAUGCUGGUGGAGGAGGGGUGGUGUAUUCUGGCUCUCUUGCAUUACGAUUGCGAAAGGUAUCUGAAAAAGUGCGCCUUUUUCCAAUCGACGAUGUUUUUCUGGGUAUGUGCCUGCACAGACUGGGGCUCUCGCCAAGCCAUCACCCAGGUUUUUUAACAUUUGAUCUCCGAGACACAGACAAGCACAAUCCGUGUUCUUACAAAUCUGUUCUGCUCGUUCAUAGACGAAGUCCAAAUGAGAUGCUGACACUGUGGAAGCGACUGCAGAAUCUGCCCAGUCACUGCUGAGGCUCAUUUGCCUGCCAAAUAGGAACAAUCCAGUACAGGAUGCAGUAUAGCCCACACGCUCUAGGGUAAAGUGUACACACUUGACUGACUGUUCACGUCAAGAAGGCAGCACCCAUGAAGGUCAGAUAGAAUAUAACUGCCUUCCUAAGAGUUACACAUCCUUGAGGAGAAGACUGAUCUACCUCGAAGGGUAUUUUGGAGGCACUAAACUGUAUAGGUUGUUGUAUCUGUACCCUUUAACCAAAAGUUUUACUUAACACUAUGAGGAUAUUAUGGAAAUUUGUUUAUUAGUGCAUUCUUUUGUUUUAUUCAUGUCUCCAGCUUUAGCUAAGAUACAUUUUCAAAUAUAAUCCUACAUUAACGGUUCAAUUUUCAUUGCAGCUGAUCCUGAGGAAAUGAAAUAACAAUUAUUUCAGCCACACGUAUCACCAAUCAUUUUUACAGUGGUAUUCAUUAAGGAAAGAAAAGUGCAAAGUAUAAAGUAAUUACGGUAACAAUAAAAAUUAAGGUCACAAUAAUCACCAUUAAUUAUUUGCUUAUUAGCAUGCUUAUUGGUAGCUUCCUGGCUGCUUAUAAGUCAUUAUUAAGUACUUAGUAGUACCUUAUUCUAUAUGACCAUAGUAUGUAGCUAAGAGGUCAUUAACAAAGAGUUUGCCCUCAAUACCCUCCAAAUUACUGCUUAUUGAGAGUAAGUUAGGAAGUUGUACAUUAUUUAUGAUCUUAAUAUGCUUUUGCUAACUUCUACCUUAAAAGAGCCAUACUAAGCAGUUCAUAUUAAGAUCAUUAUUCAUGUUCAACAACUUUCCAACUUAUAAGUUGUUACUUGUUACAGUAAUAGAAUCAUCUGAUUUUGAAACACUGACAGUCAACUCCCCAUUUUUAAAUGUGAAACAUGUUGCAGGGUAAAGAUAGGAGUCUUACAUUUUACACAUCUUCAUUUUUUUUUCUCUGGCAGUAACGCCACAUCUCCACAAAAAUAGAUUUUCCUGUUAUAUGCUGUGGACUUUAAAUCACUUUAUUUUGACAUGGCGGAGUGGAA